UUCUCCCUUUUUAUUGCAGCCCACCACAGCUUUGCUUCAGCUCCUUUCCGAUGUGGGAAUGCUUAGCUGCACGCUAAGCCACUUUCCACACUUCAAAGCGAGUCAAAAUUAAUCAACCAUCGUGAAAUUUCAAAUCGAGAAACAAAAUCUGGUUGAAAUUCGUACUUUCUUGCUUGUUCUUGAUGUACAGUACAAAAUUCAAAUUCACUGUUCUAUGCCUAUGACCCUUUACUUUUCCAUAGCUCCGGAGCAAAGGCCUCCACUAAGACGAAGAUAUUAGUUUACUCUUUUUUUUUUUUUUUUUUUUUUUUUAUANUUUUUUUUUUUUUUUUUUUUUUUUUUUUUUUUUUUUUUUUUUUUUGUAUAUAUACAUUGAUAUAUAUAUAUACGCACCCGCUUACUUUUAGCUUUUCUUCUUCUGGGAAUUCUGAUUUUUCUUCGACUUAGACGAAGAGUAUUAUGGCGGGUUAUAAAGGUCAGGAUGAAUAUGAUUAUCUGUUUAAGCUGGUUUUGAUUGGUGAUUCAGGGGUGGGAAAAUCAAACCUGCUCUCGAGGUUUACGAAGAACCAAUUUAAUUUAGAAUCGAAGUCGACGAUUGGGGUUGAGUUUGCUACCAAGAAUUUGGAGAUCGAUGGGAAGGUAAUCAAGGCUCAGAUUUGGGAUACUGCUGGACAAGAAAGGUACCGAGCGAUAACUAGUGCUUACUACCGAGGAGCCGUAGGUGCUUUGCUUGUGUACGAUGUCACCCGACGACCAACAUUCGAGAAUGCUGCAAGAUGGUUAAAGGAAUUGAGGAAUCACACAGACCCAAACAUGGUAGUGAUGCUCAUUGGCAACAAAUGCGAUUUACGACACCUCGUUCUCGUUCCAACAGAAGAUGGAAAAUCAUUUUCUGAGAUGGAGUCUUUGUACUUCAUGGAGACCUCUGCACUGGAUGCAACGAACGUCGAGAGUGCUUUCACGGAGGUGCUCUCUCAAAUAUAUCGCAUCGUGUGCAAGAGAUCAGUCGAGGCAGGCGACAGCGCAAGCGGUUCAACCCUUCCAUCGAAAGGCCAAACAAUAGAUGUCAAGGACGACUCGUCGGUUCUGAAGAGGAUUGGAUGUUGCUCCAGCUAAGUUAAAAGCUUCAAACAUUUACACAGAAAUACAACUUUAUAAA